CAAGAGAACUAAAGAGUGAAAAAGAAUACAGACACUGCUAUUCGAGCUAAACCGUUUUCUUAGAAUCUACAUCAACAUCGUAAUUACUGUUGUUCAAUUAUCCAGCGCUAUGUCGUCGGAAAGGACAUAACCUGCAAUCACAGUGCGCGAGGUGUGCAGCAAACUAAACUUAACGUAACAUAACCUAACCUAUCGGUUCGAGUUUGCAACUGUGACCUUGAGAUAAAACAUGGCGUCGGCGCGCGCGCGAUUAUCGAUAAUUGCCAGAGGCGUGUGCACGAGUGGAAUAGCCCGGCGCGAGACGCCGAAUAAUUUGAAGGGUCGUAAAACGAGUUCGCAGUUAUGGCUUCGCAGACAAUUGGCCGAUCCUUAUGUCGAGAAAGCAAAAAUUGAGAAGUACAGAUGUAGAAGUGCAUUUAAAUUGCUCGAGAUGGACGAAAGGUGCGGCAUACUUUCGCCGGGUAUGACGGUUGUAGACUGUGGUGCUUCGCCCGGAAGUUGGACGCAAGUGGCGGUCCAUUUGACCAACGCCAAGGGCAAGCAGGACGGUAAACCGGUCGGUAAAGUAGUGGCUAUAGACAAGUUGCCGAUUUACCCUAUCGACGGAGCCUUCGUUAUAGGCAACAUGGACUUCACGACGCCCCAAGCUCAGGACAAGAUCAGGGAACAUCUCGCUGGCAGUUCCGUCGACCUUGUCAUGUCGGAUAUGGCGCCAAACGCGACCGGCGUGAAGGAAAUGGAUCACCAAAACAUCGUCGCUCUAGCCUACGUCGCGCUCAAAUUUGCCCUCGUCGUAUCGAAGCCCGAGGCGUCGUUUAUCGUCAAACUUUGGGACGGCGGUGCGGCCAAAAACGUCGAGGACGAUAUCAGGAAAUUUUACAAAACCGUCAAAGUUCUCAGGCCCGAUGCUACCAGAACCGAAUCUUCAGAAAAGUUCCUUCUUGCCAAGGGAUUCAAGGGUCUCAAAGUCGGUUGAUAACAGUUGACGUUCUAAAAUUUUGUCAUUCGAAUUUGACGAGAAGUUGGUUGGAUUAACGAACUGCACUUUAGACUCUGAAAUAUAGUUAUAGGGUUGCAUUUUCUAUCAUAUAUAUAAGUAUAGUCUUAUCUUUUCCUUGAUUAGCAUCAAAUUUAUCAUAGGGCACCAUUGAUUGGAUAGCUUGUAGAUUAUGUCAACUUAUCGCAAAAAAAAAAAAAAUAAAUAAAUAAAUAAAUAAAACAAAACCAAACCACAGCCUUCCGUUUUGCACCAAGUAAUUAACGUUUUCCUGCUUUGCUAAACUAAUUCGUGACCGCACAAUAAUCUGAUUAUUAUAAAGUCGACCCACUUUUUCAUAAAC